AUAGAGUAGUUGUGUCGCUGUCAGAAAGAAUCCAAAUUGUGGAAAAAUACUUUCGAAAUUCUUUUCUAGAUCUUUAAUCAAUUGAUACCAAUAAUUGAGAUUAGCAGUGCGAUUCUGUCAGACGGGUCGAUCUGGUAAAAAUCCAUCCGGAUUGCGUACGUGCGUGCGUGUGGGUAAAUGUAAAUGAGCUGGCUGGCUGCUGGUCGUUUCACUGGAAGAAAUUAACACCGCCUGUGUUUUGGUGGCAGUAGCCUUUUGUGUGGAAAAAAAGAAUGUUUGCCAUUGCGGAAAGAAUCUGAAAAGGAAUUCGGUGAAUAAUCGCAGAUUUGGUAGUGUUUGACGCGAAAAACUGAUAAUUCCUGGUCGAAACAAUUUUUGUUGACGUGUUUCUGUGUGUCUGCUAGUAGUGAAACAUACCGUAGAAGAAAAAGAUUGCGAAUUUACUAGGUUCCUGGUGUUUUUAGAUUGUUUAAUUACUUUCUCAAAUCUAAUUUGUUGAAACUUUGUUCAAUGUCGUUCUAGCCAUUAGAGGUGGUGAAAUUAAGCCAGACCCUUCAAAGUGAGAGUACAGCAAAGAAAGUGGCACAGUGAUUAAACAUUAAACAAAUAAAAGGCAAAGUUCGCAGAGUAAUCGUGAUGGUCAACUUGAUCGAGGAAGGGGGUUUUUAGUGUUCAUCUGGUGAAGAUAGUGCGCUCAAGCAUCUGCAAAGAUGGGAGUAUGCUUGUGCAAGGAUAAGGUAGAAGAAGGUUAUCUAAAUGAGAAUAGUCGUGAUUCGUAUACCGCUAAUGGGAAUGACGACGGCAGGGGAGGCCUAGUCGGAGUGGGUCACCAUGGUGGAAGAUCAUGUGGACGAUUGGAUCGGAAAGUUUCUCUUUCGGACACAGUAGAUGAGCUGGUAAAAGAAACGUUGGAAAUUAUAGGAUCUAUUGUUGACAAUGAACCGGAACCACCUAACUCGAUGAUUAUGCUGCACGACAUCACCGAUAAGCCAUCGGGCUGGAUUCAGCUAGUAAAAUCGCUUAUCCGAGUCGUUCCACUGGAGCACCCGAUGGGACCGAGCGUUAUCACACUGCUGCUGGACGACAGUCCACUACCAACAAAAGAUUCAGUCCUAGAGGUGGCCGAUAUGAUAACGCACUCGAUCCGUCGCACACCGAAACGAGAACGGAAUCUUUGUGUUAUUUUGGGCUGCCUGGCGGAAAAGCUAGCCGGCCCCAGCAGUAUAGCAGUGCUGUCCGAUAUCACGCUUGGAUAUCUGCUUGGGAAUCUGGACGAAGGCAUCAACCCGGACGUGAUGCUAUUUUCAUUGAUUGCACUGGAGAAGUUUGCACAGACGAGCGAAAACAAGGCAACCAUCAAGCGAAAACUUGCCCUCUAUCCGGAAAAUCCACUAACGCGGUUGGAAAGGCACACCGAAAGCAAUGAAUUCAUUUUCCGACAGGUUGGAUUUUGCGCUCGUUGGUGCUUGGAUAACUAUUUCCUCAUCGAAGGCCGGAAGUACUCUUACGAAAUAACUGAUAUGAGUAACGUAAACGUGAUGCUGAAUACCCGUGACGUUAGCGAAUACCUCAAGAUCUCACCGGACGGACUGGAGGCGCGGUGCGAUGCGUACUCAUUCGAGAGUGUCCGGUGUACGUUCCAGGUCAACACCGGCUGUUGGUACUAUGAGGUACAAAUAAUCACACCGGGCGUAAUGCAAAUCGGCUGGGCUACCAAGGACUCGACCUUUCUUAGCCAUGAGGGCUACGGUAUCGGGGACGAUGCAUACUCGAUAGCGUUUGACGGUUGCCGUAAACUGAUAUGGCAUAACGCCCGCUCAAUGCCUCACGAUUUGCACGUUUGGAAAGGCGGUUCUAUUCUUGGGUGUCUUUUGGAUCUGGAUGCAAGAGAGGUGAUAUUCAGCUUAGACGGUUUCGAGGGCGGUAUAUUGAAGCAGGUUUUCGGCAGUGCCCGCGAUGGAUUUUUCGCGGCAGCUUCAUUCAUGUCCUUCCAGCAGUGUAGGUUCAACUUUGGGUCGAAGCCAUUCGUAUAUCCACCGAAAAAUAGACAGUACAUGAGUUUCAAUGACCAUGCACAAUUGAAUGAUCAGGACAAGAUUGUUCUACCGCGACACUUAUUCCUGGAACAACUACGAAAGUUGAGCGUUCGUGAAGACUCUUGUACGCUGUGCGUCGAUAAAAAAGCCUCGAUUCGGAUAGAACCCUGCAAGCAUCGUGGUUUCUGCACAACCUGCGCUGCUCUACUGCAGUUUUGCCCAAUGUGUCGGGCCGAAAUUGUUAGUACUGUACAGGAAGUGACCGUCGACAGUCCACUUUCAGAGGAUGUUCCAAUUUCCGCCUGAUAUCACAUCGGCUUCUAGUGAAAGCGGCUGUCUUAGCGGUAGGUAGGUGCGUAGAAUAUUCGCUAAAUUAAAAGGAUUGUGUUGAUCAAACAUGAAAGCACGAGAAAACAUUUGUGAUAAUAUAAAUAUUGAAAAAUAGCUAUACCAUAUGCUUCAGUCGUACUGAAUAUAACUUCAUAAAAACUAUUGCCAUUUAUAAUUUCAAAAUUUGAUUUAUUUCUUUUUGGUGAAUUACGACUAUACGUAGUUAAGUACCUAUCCAUGGGCUAAUCUGUUGUUUGCAGCUGUUGUUCAAAGUAUGUUCACAGUAGAAUCAUUCUGUUCAACAUAGUCUUCCGAAUAAUAGGACCGAUGCUGGACAACUAUUAACCCUGUUCUUAUUGUUCUGAGUUGUCGGUCUUAAUAAACAAAUCUUGCUUCGAAUUCGUUGAAGUUGGCCGUUGUUAGUCGUUUGUAGCUACUUUAUAUGCUUCAUACGUUUCUGGUAGGUUUAGUUUGUUUUAAGAUUAAACGGGAAGCCAUUCGUUCGUUAUAGAUAGCUUUAUGGUGAAAAACCUCGUAAUUUUAUUUACACAGUAUAAUACUAAUCACGUAUAUCAACUAUUAUGCUACAAGCCUCUUGUGCAUCAAGUAUAUGUAUAUGUUUUAUUUCGUCAGGUAGUUUAAGAAAUAUGAAUAUUUGUACAUCUAACCAUCCUGCAGGCCAACUGUAGUUAAUACCUGCAUCCAAGUUUGAUAGAAUUGAAACAACCGUACAGAAACGAAAUGACUGAUAUAUUUUUGUACGAUCUGCAACAAGGAAAACGAAAAAAAAAACAAAUACAAACAAUUGUUUAUAAUAUUAAUACAAAAGAUAUUAUCUUCGAAAGUGACCAAAUUGUAUAGGACACGAAGAAAGGUCGCUGAA